AUGGAUUCGCCUACCCUUGAGUCGUCGGUUUUUCCCGAAAACCGUCUGAUCGCCUACCUAAACCACUUGGCGGAAAAUAAACCAGGGUUACCGUACGGCUUGCCCGUCUCCGCAUCUCCCUCCCACACCAUCACCACCACCGACGAUCUAGUUCACCUCACCUCUCUGAUCGGUCCGCACAUCGCCGUUCUGCAACUCAAUGCCGACAUCAUCGAUGACUGGUCGGAUGAGACCGUCCGCCAGUUGACCGCGCUUGCCAAGCGGCAUUCGUUCUUGAUCUGGGAAGCCGGUCGCGUUCUCAAUUCCACCGUCGACGUCGUCGGCCGGCAGAAAUCCGACACGCGCGAGGUCCGGAAUGAAUUGAUCGAUAUGAUUCGGAAAAGAUACACCAAGGGUGUCGUCAAAGCAGCGUCCUGGGCCAGUCUCGCAACGGCGUGGGCAUCGGGCGUCGCGGUGGAUAAUCAAGAAGCGGACAUCCUAAUCCCGACCCUGAAGGCCGCCGCCCGAGAGGCCGUCGCAGACUCGGUGCGAACCAUCCGAACGGAGAUCACAGCCAAUGGCACGAACGAGCGUCCGUCAAGUGUGCACGAAUCGAUACCCAAGAGAGAUGACGACGGCUCGCCCCAACCUUAUCUCACCUCCGACUACGCCGCGGGUGACAGCGGACUGGCGCUCCCUCCCCGGAAGGCGUCGACGAUCUCGCUGACCCAGACGAUCUCACAACACACGGAAGACUCGACAGAAUCGCUCCUGGACAUCGACACAACCGAACAGAUCGAGAUCUCCGAAAACGAGCAAGCGAUCUCUUCCACCCCCCACGGUAACCUUCCACCCCCGCCUAUCCUCGCCCGUGGUCUUGUCCUCCUCCUGCCCGCCGCGUCCGACACCUCCUUCACAAGCGAAUACCGAGAGAGCUGCCUCGCCGCCGCUCGCGCCAACCCCGAUUUCGUGAUCGGCUUCCUCUGCAGCCUACCGUGGCAUCUCGUCUCGAGGACGGAUGACCUAUUUGACCCCGUGACACCCGAGGCCAAACAGCCACUGAGCCCGUGCUCAUCAAACGGCGACGCCGAAGAGACGCUACCCUCCUUCGCCCUGUUUUCUUUCGUUUCCCACCGGAUGAACUCCCUAAACGGCAAGCAAAUCGACGACUACGCGGACGACGACGACGACGACAACCACAACAACCAGGUCACCAGCGUAACAGUAGACUCGCCAUCCGACCCUGCAAGCCCCCUAGCCGUCAAGCUCCACUCGAUUCUCGCGCAAGCCCUCAAAUUCCGCGACGCGCCCCAACGGGACUCCAACACUGCCCAGACGAGGCGGGCACCGGGGAGUAGGCCUAAGAUUAUGCAUAUCCCCGUGGUUUCUCUACCGUGA